UCAAUUUGAGAGAUUAAAUUUGCCCAGCGAUGCGAAUAAUUCUGUGUACAUAGCUGAACCUGAAAGCAAACUUUUGACGCGAAGGUGGCUUACAGGUCAUAACUUAACGUUCCGACUUUAACGUCAAGUCAAUUAGUUUCUUAUAAUUCUUUUUAGAUUUUUUCAUAUCGUCCAAAAACGCUCGGAAUAUCUUUUUGUUUUCCAUAUGUCUUAGYUCAGUGAACAUUUCUCCUUGACAACCCAUCGCGAUCACUCGGUUCAUGUGCUGGGUCAUAUAUGACAUGAUAACUUAACCGUCUUGUUGCGCCUGGCCUAUUUCGCGACAGUUAUUUCAAAUGGUGGAUAGUGUGCUACUAUAGCUCUUCUAGUGYUGAUCGCGCGCAACAAGGUCCGAGUUUUGGUCUCCGAUAGUGCGAAAACACAGACCUGCAAGAUGCAUUCAAGAAUAAAAUACGAACGCUUAAAGAUCGACAAAGAAAAUCCAGUACAAUCAGCCAACUUUUUAUCCAUCAUUUCUUUCUGGUGGAUGAACAGCAUUCUUCAGCUCGGCAGCAAAAGACAAAUAGAAAAUGACGACCUUUUUCAAGUUCUUUUCACAGACAAAACGAGAGUGGUAACAGACAGUCUAAGAAACACAUGGAAUCAAGGUUUAAAACAUCGUCGUAAAUGCUAUCGCUUGUUGCUGUCCCUGUUUCGCACAGUUGCUCCAUCGCAAUAUGUGUUGUUACUAAGUCUAGGCUUUCUGGCGGCCAUAUGUAAUAUGUCCCAGACUGUGUUUCUUGGAAUGAUAUUAUCCAUACUGCUCAAGCUUCCAGGGUACGACAGAGAGAAUUUAUAUGUGUAUGGUGCAGCGCUGUGCAUCUGUUCCCUAAUUCGCGUCAUUCUACUGCACCAGUUCUUGUACAAGGCGUGGCUCAUUGCUAUGAGAUGGAGAACGUCGACCAUGGGACUCAUGUUUAACAAGGUUUUUCACCUGAGCCAGACRACCAUCGCGAAUAGCACAACAGGGUACAUUAUCAAUCUAGUGUCAGGAGAUGUUCAACGAUUUGACCCCGUGGCUUCCCAAAUGGUCCUUCUUAUACAAGGCAUCUUCGAGGUUAUUGUAGUAUCAGUUCUCUUGGCUCACGUGGUUGGUAUCCAGGCUCUCUCAGGUGCUGUGUUUUUGUAYAUCCUAGUAUUUUACUUCUGUGGGAUGGGAAAAGUCUGUGUUUAUUUAAGAAACCGAAUUGCUAGUAUUGCUGAUAAAAGACUUGGUUUCAUGACUGCUAUCAUUUCCGGGGCCAGAACAGUCAAGAUGUAUGCUUGGGAACAGCCUUUUUGGAACAGGCUUACUAAAAUUAGAAGCAAAGAAAUUCRYUACCUUAAGUUCAAAGGAAUYGUCCUCUCCACAUCCCAGUCAUUCCUGUACACCGCGCAGAGYUUCGCUGCAUUGAUAUCUUUUGUCGUGAUGAUGGUGACGGGUGUAGAACUAAACACAUUCAAUAUCUUCAUGACACUCGCGUUUCUGAAUACCUUGCGUUCCUCUGUUUCAUGGAACAUCGCAGAAGGUGCCAACUACAUCGGAGAUUUUGUCUCUGCUUUGGGACGCAUUGAAGACUUUCUUGARUUACCAGAACUAAAGAGAACUAAACAAGAUGAGAAAAUCCUUCAGAGUAUGGUCAUCGGUUCACCAACGCACGCUGUGGUAGAUUCAAACUUAAACAMUGCUGAUGCUACCAACAAAACCACCAAAGUAUCACUGGAAAACGUCACCUGUCUCUGGGAUGGUGAUUGUUCGCCUUGUAUCGCUAAUGUUAACUUGACUGUAAAGGAAAAUGAUCUAGUGUUGGUGACCGGUCCGGUGGGAUGUGGAAAAACGUCACUGUUAUCCACAAUACGCGGCGAAUUACCAGUGAAAGAGGGGGAAAUAUUGGUAACUGGAAAUACCGUCUACGUACCACAGCAGCCUUGGGUCUUUUCUGGUACUGUACGAGAGAACAUCAUCUUCGGAAAAAAGUACAAUCAUACUAAAUUCAAAUCAGUCAUUAAAGCGUGUGACUUGGAGAACGAUAUCAAUAGUUUCCCAAACAGCGAGCAGACGGUCAUUGGAGAACGAGGGGUACUCCUAAGUGGUGGUCAGCGGGCUCGUGUAGGUUUAGCACGCGCKCUCUAUGCUGAUGGCGAUGUCUAUUUACUUGAUGACCCUCUAAGUGCCGUCGAUGCUAAAGUAGGCAGACACAUCUUCAUGGAUUGUAUAUGUGGRCUACUAAGACACAAGACAAGGAUUCUAGUCACYCACCAACUGCARUACCUCAAAGGWGCGGACCACGUGGUCGUCAUGGACAAAGGUACYGUAGUUUACGAAGGAUCUUAUGAAGAUUUUACUCAAGAUUCCAAAGCAGACAAGUUUGAGUUCCUMCCCAGUAAAUACGAUGAUAGUCCGCCGCUGACAAGGUCUCUGGACGUWCAGUGCCAAUCUAUUGUGAGCUAUAACAAGGAUAAAAAGAAAAGCGGUCUUGAGGUUGCGGACGAGGAUCGUGUAGAGGGUUCYGUGUCAAUGGUUCUAUACUGSAGGUACUUGGUGUAUGGAAUUCCGUGUUCGUUAGUGAUUCUACUUGGAUUAUAUUUUGCUGUUACUCAAGCUGGUCUUAUACUUCCCGACUGGUGGCUUCUUCACAUGUCGAGCUUACCCCGUGAAAAGAGGAACUCCCUAACUAACCUUUACAUAUAUGGCGGCUUGGUAAUCAUGGCSUUUCUCAUGGCGGUUUCUCGGGCAGUAAUGUUCUUCUUUGCCACUCUCAACUCAUCCAAAAACCUCCACGACGCAAUGGCGAACGCUGUCAUGAAAGCUCCAGUUUUGUUCUUCGAUACYAAUCCUGCAGGAAGAAUCCUGAAYAGAUUUUCUCGUGAUGUAGGUGUUAUGGACGAUCUUCUUCCUCUCGUCUUCCUCGAUGCCUUGCAGUUGAUAUUAUUCUGCAUCGGGGCUAUUGUACUGCCGUCUAUUCUGAACCCAUGGGUCGUGGUUGCCGCUUUGCCAAUGGCCGUUCUGUUCUUCUUCAUUGGCAAGUAUUACCUGAAGACGUCGCGUGASCUGAGGAGACUGGAGGCGAUGAAUAGGAGCCCAGUUUUCUCUCACUUCUCGGAUACCUUGGAAGGCUUGGUCACUAUCCGUAACCAUUCAAUGGAGGAACAUUUCACUAGGACAUUCUACAAAUAUCAAGACRAUCAUACGCGUGUUUGGUUUACCCUACUCUCGAGCCUGCGUUGGCUUGGUCUGCGGUUGGAUUUCCUUUGUGUAUGUUUUACAACAGUUGUGGUGUUUGCUGCACUUGCAGUGGAUUCUGGGGCAGGAUCCCUCGCCUUAUCUCUCAUCUACGCCUUACAGUUAGCUGUUGACACGUCACAAUAUGGCGUCCGUCAAUGCUCAGAGACUGAGAAUUACAUGACUUCAGUAGAACGAGUGAUGACGUACACACAAAUAGAACCAGAGUCUGGGUACGAAAACGACUCACGUCCUCCUUCUGAUUGGCCCAAAUCAGGUCAGUUAGAAUUGCAAGAUGUCUCGCUAGCAUAUUACCCAGGAGCACCUAUGGUUUUGAAUGACGUCAAUUUCAAAGUGAAUCCCCAAGAGAAGAUAGGAAUCGCCGGGAGGACUGGUGCUGGGAAGUCAUCCAUUGUAUCAGCUUUGUUUCGUAUGCCAGAGCCUCAAGGGAGAAUCAUGAUUGAUGGAUGUGACAUUGCUACACUGAACUUACAGUGUUCACGACGGUCCAUGGCGGUAAUAUCUCAAGAUCCAGUCCUUUUUACUGGUACACUUCGCUUUAAUCUCGACCCUUUUGAGCAGUUCAGCGAUAAAGAGGUCUGGGAAGCAAUAGAUGGAGCAAGCCUGAUGUCCACAAUUGAAAGCAUGCCAGACCAACUGAACCAAAGACUCAAGGAACAAGGAGUCAACCUCAGUGCGGGAGAACGCCAGCUUCUUUGCCUUGCACGCGCGCUUCUUCAAAAAAGCAAAAUCAUCGUAAUGGACGAAGCUACAGCGAACGUGGAUUACAAGACCGAUAGCCUUAUUCAAAACACUAUCAGAACUAAGUUUAGAGAAUGUACAGUCAUCACUAUAGCACACCGACUCAACACUAUUAUGGACUAUGACAAGAUACUGGUAUUAGAGAAUGGACGAGUCAUUGAGUUUGAUACUCCACAAAAAUUAAUGGAUAAUGAUAAUGGUAUACUAAAGCAACUGAUAUCAAUAAGUGACUUGUAAAUAAAAGAGAAGUCUAAGAAAAUAAGGCGCGAGCAAAAUCGAGAUAAAUUAUGAUGUCAGAAUUAUGGAUCUAUUAACCUAUACAGCCGCCAUCUUGAAUUCUGUUAUUGACCUAGAAAUUAUGGGAUGCUCAGAGGUCCAUAAUUAAGAGGUCAUAAAUUAAAAAAAUUAUGUAGGCUUUGAGAAUGCCAUAUAAUAACGCUGGACGUUAUGAAGCAAUAAUAACAAGAGUCCCAAAUUGUGAAGCACUAACUUGUCAGGGGGAAAAUAAGUUUUUAGUACUAUUCUGCGUUUUUUAAGUAUUAUGAUUGCUUUGUUAUCUGAUCAUUCUAUGUAUUCACAAUUCAACAGGGCGACACUAUUAGUAAUGUUCUCUCAACAACUAGUCUCAUUUCCAAAUGUCCGCCAUCUUCCUCGGCCAAAUUAUAUUGCAAGUUGCUGGGCAAAAUUGCAAAUAGCAAUAAUUUUCUGAACAACUUGCAACGGCGUUGUACGAAAAGUUGCCGAGAAAAUUGUGGUGUAAGAAGCAUGUAAGGUCUCCUUACUGCACAAAAUGACACAAAUAUCAAAGUGUACAGUCACGAAAUGUUCACGAGAAUAUAUAUAAUUAGUUAUAAUUAUAAUGAUAAGGAAAAUAUCCAGGGUAUAUCCAGUCAUUAAAGUUAAGUUCAUACAUAAAUUAUUUAAUUUAUGAAAUUAGAUAGAGCAAAAUAUUUCAUCGAGACAAGGUGUGGGAAUAUUUCGUAGUCUUCAAAGGGUAUAUUCAAUUGAAAUUCUAUUCUAAAUCAAAAUAAAAUUGUUUUGACUUUAAAAAGAUUUCUCAGUCGAACAGCAUACGUUCAGGCACACAACAAAUCCUGCUUUUCGGUGAGMAAAGAUUAACGACGUCAUGAAAAAUUGACACUAAGUUGCGCAAAAGUAUAUCCAUAUCCAAAUUCAAAUUUUCUGAGYGAAACUGAACGAUGUUAUUAAGAUUAUGGAAGGAAAACCCUKUUAUUUGAUUAAUGCAGUUUAGCUAAUGAACUUGAGGGUCUGGUUAACACUUUUAAAAAGGGGGCUAGUUAAUGUUAUGAAAUUAAAUUGUGGGAAAUCGUAAUGAAAGUCUGAGCUUGACACACUCUAGAAAAACUAUACAUGUUAAAUUAUUGUAUGGAAAACGAUAUCAAUAAACGUUCACGUGCAAGUUUA